AUGGCUCUACUGCAGUAUAGAAGCAAGGACAAUGACCUCCUACGGGAACACUUGGUAUCGCACAAGCUUCAGAAUAGUCAGUCAACUAAUAAAACAACUUAUCUUUCUCAAGAAAUACAAAAUGAAAUUAUUAGUGAUGAUAUAGUCAAAACUUGCAAUGCAGCCCCAUGUUUUGGAUUCAUGUCAGACGAGGCUACAGAUGUUGCCACGAUAGAACAGAUGGCGCUAUGUCUGCGCUUUUAUGAUCCGACUGAAUUACGAAUUCGAGAAGAGUUUAUUGGUUUUGCAGAAUGUAAAGCAACCACAGGAGAGUCUCUGACAGAGUCUUUCCUAGAGAACCUUAGAGCUAAAGGUGUUAUUGUAAAUAAAAUGCGAGGUCGGGGCUAUGAUGGUGCUGUCAAUAUGGCCGGAAAAUACAGAGGCGUACAGGCAAGAAUUAAAGAAGUGGUACCUGGAGCAGUCUAUACUCAUUGUAAGGCACAUAAUCUUAAUCUUUCAAUCAUCUGCGCUUGUAAAGAGACGCUUAUCAGGAACGUGAUGAAUACCCUUCAGGAAAUAGCAUUCAUGUUUGACUACUCCGCUAAGAAGCUUGGCAUUUUCAAGGAGCAUCUUGCUAAUAACGACACUACAAAAGACAAUAUGGAAGGACGCCAAAAGCUGAAAACGCUGUGUGAAACACGCUGGGCUGCAAGAUCGGAACCCCUUUUCACGUUCAAAUCCGCUUUUUCAACAGCAGAUGCAGCUUUGGGAGAAUUGUCUUUACAACCUGGUGAUUCGAAGGCCGGUCCAUAUCAAGCUGCUAUCGAAAAGUUUGACUUUAUAAUUACCCUUGUUGCUUCAGAACAUGUUCUAUCAGCACUUGUUGCAUUGUCAUGUCUCUUACAGAAAAAAGACUGA